CUGCUACCAGAAGUCUCCGGUGCUGGUCCAGCUUUCAGCCACACUCCGGUGCUGCCUCUGUUCGGGGCCGCGUCGCUGAUACACCUGAACCCCACGAUGAAUCGAAUGAUGCAGCGGUACGCAAUAUCCUGUGUAAACACGUGGUCCCUACCUCCCCAGGCUUGUCAUGCAAAUUUGUAUGCAUAGAAAUAGGAUGUGUGGUUUCUCAUGCGGCUCUUCGUGAGAGGCUUUUUCUAAGCCGUGCUUGGGAAUAUGUGUCUGUCAUGCGUUAAUCCGGAUGAUAUAGCGGACUUGUGAGGAUGCGUCUCGACGAUUGGCUUCGCAGGGCCAUACUGCAAGGCCAAACUGGUCAUGCGUAAGUCCCAAGGUCUUCCAAAACGCCCCUCUUAACUCUGGGAUAGGGACCAUGCUUUUUUCCACACGAUACGCAAACGCCAUGAAGACGGGCGGCGAGGCGGCACAGGUUGUGAUGGAUGUGGACCCAAACUUGCAGCAACCAAGAAAUGCCGGGGAUCUGGCGGCGGGCGCCGCGGGAGGUAGCAGCAGAAGUGGCCCGCAAACGCCUUCUCUUCCUCUCAGAGCCACUGUGACAACAUCGGCAAACAAGCCCCCCGUUUUUCCGGGUACAACAGCAGCAACCACUUCUAGUGCACAGGUACCAGCACAACUUGCAGCGACGGGGGGAGCGGCGAUGGGACACACUUCUACUUCAUCGGGCAGUUCCGCCUCCUCGCAGCUAGUGUUAAUACCCGCAACGCCUGCGUCCUCCUACCCGAGCGGGGGCAUCGGCAUGUUGCCGACUGCUUCGCCAGUAGCUGGGCUGGAAGCUGGCAAGCACACGAUCCCAAUUGUGGAGCAAACAACCACGCAGCCACAAGCAGCUGCACUUUUUGAUCACUACGCCCACCCGAACAACCCGAGCCGCCGCGUGCGCAGCCGCGGUCCCAGCGCGGGGGCACAUGGGGGGCAGCUGCCCGGGCAGGGCAGUCCGCAGCUGCCACCACGACUGCCGCCCGACGUAAAUAACUCCGCACUGACCCCGCGCCGCGCGUCCACGCCGGCGCGCCUGCCGCAGCCUUAUCACCCCGGAGGGCCGCUGGUGGCUUCUGCGCGGAACCGAGCCAACAGCCUACCGGCGCCGGGCAGCAGUGCGGGGAGAAUCAUAAUUGCAGGGGGUGCGGCUGCGGCAGAAGUAGAGGGUACUGCAGAUGCGGCGAAGUUGCCAGCGCAGCAAAAUCACAGUGCGGGCGGCUUAUUCGAGCCGCAGCCGGCGAGCAAACUGGAGCAGAUGCUUCCGAAAAGACGGCACUCCAGUCCGUCUGCUUGGCCCAACCGCGAGCGAGCCAAGGACGACUGGGAUUUUUUGCAAAAUCGGCUGCGCGAACAGCAUACCCCGCGUCUGCAGCGCGUGCCUUCGGUUCCGAAGUUGGAAGCGAGCUUUCUCAGCCAGGCGGCACGGGUCGCGCACCGGGGCGCGAAACUGGUUUGAUGUUACAGUACUGUAAAAUAAUGAUCCAUCGUCCUGACGCUUCUACACAGCGGGCAACAGAAACUAUAUUACUUAAUUCCAAAAAUGCACUUCUAAAUGCCAUUCGUUUCUUCAUUCUAGAACUAGAAGCACUGAUAGUACCUCCUGCUUGCAAAAAUGAAACCUGUGCUCAAAAGCGUUUGCGAAAUUUUGUACAUUAAGUUUGAAUUCUGUGUAAACUAAAAGUAAAAGUAUUUUGAUGUCCACCUGUGGCCCCGAUGUCGACAAGAAUACAGGUCGUUUCACAUGAAAUUGAAACCACCUUUUGCAAUUCGAAUUUUUUUCAGCACGCACUUUCUUACCGGAAUCUUUCCCCUGAGCUGAAGCUCAUUUUUUGGUUUUUAAAAAAAGCUUCCAGAACUGUCACGCGGAUGAAAAUGCUGACAAAAGAUUCGAAGGGAAAGACGUUUCAUCACGUAGCUUGUUUCUCGCCGACUAUAUUAAAGUAUAAUAUUAGCAGCGAGGUCGAAGCUCUCGCUAUGGCUUGAAAAUUUGGAGAUACACUAGUUUCGUCUGCCGCAAAAGCUAAAUUAUUUGAAUCGAAAUGAUGUCGUGGUAAGCGUAUCCGCGGCUUUUUUUUCCGACACCUCCGUAGGGGAAACGUGAGUACUACGACUAACUACCACCCACUAGUAAGGAUCGAGGAGCACUAAAAGUAUUUCGUCGCCAUUCAGAUGGCUUUCCGGAUUUUUCUUGCGAAGUACCGCGCGACUCCAUACAUUUGCAAGUGGUAUCUGUACUAAAACUAUUAGAACAAUGGAUAUUGUGGGAAGUAGACGACGAUGCAAGAACAUGAAGGCCGCGGAUACUAGAUUGUCUGACAUUUUUGGUUUCGUCUGCGACCUUACAACUCAGCAACGAUUUUUACAUCAAAGCAAAACAGAGAGCAAGUGAAGGAGAU